AGGUACGUAAGGUAUGUUAUGUAGGUACUUUGUACACUAUGCCGUCAAGGUCCACGGGUGUGAUUACUUCAUUGGUGGAGACUCCAUUUAAGCCAUUUAAGGGACGAGUCAGGCGCCGAGGAAUCACAGUUACGAUAACUUACCUCUCUACCUAAUGUACAAGACCUCCAUUAAUAAGAUAGCACAAUCCGGUCACUCUCCGUUAAAGUCUCCGGUCCAAGUUCAUCUCACCCAAUCUCUGACCCGACGCCGGCCAACUCAAAUUACUACGAAGUUACAUAGUGCUAUUUAACAACUCUUUAUUCACUAGGUACCUAACCACAUCGGGCUGAACGGUUUGGAUUUCACGAACCAUUCUCACCAUUUUCCGCGGUUUUCGCGCCUUCUCCAGCCUGUUUUCAGUCAUUUCUCACUUCUCUCCUCUGGCACGAGGCAUCGCAUACCUGUUUCCCUUUCCCUUUCCCGCGUUCGCAAGGUCCCUCCUUUCGCUUUUAUUCCCAUUCAUUCAUUGGAUUUCCAUUCAUUGGAAGUAGUCGGGUCUGGCGGCGUUUUCGUUGAUAAGGCCCCUCUAACUUCCACACCGAAGCACGCGAGCGGGCACCCUUCUGUCGCAUUGGGCUCACGAUACCCUCUUAAUCCAUACGACAACCCAAAAUCUACACCUCGAUAUGUCGUCGUCAAGGCUUGCUGGCGGUGCUAAGCACCGACUCAUGUCCGAGAUGCAAGAACUUGCCAAAGAGAAAUGGGUGAACAUCGAUUUGGUAAAUGCCAAUAUCCUGCGUUGGCGCCUCGGCCUUAUUGUCGUUAAUCCCGACAGCGCAUUUAAUGGCGGUUACUUUAAGGCCGAGAUGACUUUUACUGAAGAGUAUCCUUACCAGCCGCCGACAUUUAGGUUUCUAAUCCCCAUCUAUCAUCCCAACGUCUACCCCGACGGCAAGCUAUGCAUCUCCAUUCUACACACUCCCGGUGAGGACCUUAUGUCUGGGGAGCAGGCUAGUGAGCGAUGGUCUCCUUUGCAGGGUGUCGAGUCUGUGCUUCGGUCCGUACUCUUACUCCUGGAUGAUCCCGAAAUCAACUCUCCAGCAAACGUAGACGCAGGCGUAACCUACCGGGAUGAUCGCGCCACCUAUAAUAAGAAAGCCAGAGAAAUCGUCGAGAAGUCAAAGAGCGACAUUCCCAGCGACUUCAUCAUGCCAACCAGCCUCGAACCUCCGCCGCCACCGAAGCCAGCAGAUGACGAUGCUGCAUUUUGGGCAGAAAGCGACGAGGAACUCGAUUUUGGAGGUAGUGACACGGGCGAGGACGCGGAAUUGGCGGAGUUUGAUGAAGACGGCGAAGAUGACGGCGCUAGCGACGACGACGACAACUAACAUCAACCCCAUUCUACGCAUAUUUCGACAAUAACUACCCAACUUAACUUGCGGGAUGGGUCUGCAAAGCAUUUUCUAACUCGGUAUACAAUUGCAUAGCGGGGGGUAAGGCGUUUAUGGAUCUCUUGCACCUUUGACGCCCUUUUCGGUCCGUCUUUCCGUAUUAUUGGUUUACGGUCGAUCGACUUUCGCAUAUUCUUUCAGAUAGAGAAGACACUUUGAUGGUGGAACGUAAGCACAAAAGGCCUUUUCUCGGUUACUACUAAGUGGUAGCAAAAUCUUCGAGACCUACAUACUAGGUAUUUCGUUAGGUGAAGGAUAGUUGUCGUUUGGGUACAAACGCGAACACACUAAUUACGCGUCACCCCUUUCCAGUCAACUUAAGAAUGUUAUAACCUAAGCUAUUGGAGUGGUUAUUCCUACCUUACCUAAUGCCAUGCAUAUAUCAAUUCUAUCACACAUCACACCUAGGUACUUACUUUAGCUGCAUAUUAUAGGUAGAAUAAGCUUCUUUGUACAUACACACCUAAUUAUGAGCCUUGCCUACCACGCGUUAAAUGAUAGAAAAACUCACCCAAGGAUGCUUCUAUCAUGUGGUCC